AGUUGCGACCUGGUCGUCAACGUGUUAUCUUCUACAGACUGUUAAAGGUGUAAGAGAGCGCGCGCGCGGCAGUGUCGUGAGUGUUGAUAUUUCGAUCCAUUUUUGGUUUUGUUCGCAUUUUCCCGAGCUUUUCUUUCCUUGCGGAGCUCAAUUCCGGAUAUUUAUUUUAUCAGAUGUAUUUGAAGUAGAGCUGGCAUGCCUGAUGUGUCCCGAUCCGACUCACAGCGAUCCGACGCUUCUCAAAUACGACCUAGGGUCUCCUUCAACAGGGAUGUACACGUGAAGAGAAUUGUGCCUCGCAAGGAAGAGCGAUCAAUCGGGACUUUUAAUGGAGACACUAACGGUCACAUUCGUCGAUCACCAGUGAGGAAGGAGAGGAUAAGAAAGUCCAAGAGGGAACUAGAAGAGGAGGCGGCCAGAGUAUUAGAGCAGGCCGGGAGGCUUGAAUGCGUAGUAUCUACUAACAGAGGUACCCCCCAAGAAAAAUUCUACACACUUCCCAACCGACGUAAGGGAAAGUUGGACUAUGGUUCCCUGACCAGGAACUCGGUCCAUCGAAGCAGCUCAGAUCUACGAGCGCCAAAAAAACCCCCCCGCACCCUCGCCUCCGCUGAUGACUCCAAACACCUCAAACCAUCCGUAUUCGAAAUAUUCAAGAAACCAUCAGAUGUCGGGAAGCAGAAGAAACCGAACUUGCGUCGUAGCGUGAGCGGCGCCACAAACCUCAGAUCCAGGAGGUACGAAAACGAACGAACAAAAAACGAAACCGAGGAAGCGAUAAAGUCCAAACGAAGUUUACCGAAAAAGCAACUAUCCCCCAUAAUCGAGGUGCAACAGCGAGAGGACUACUUCGAUAACGUCAACGUUGACCAAGAGGUCAAAGAGGAUAAUGUUGAAUUGAAGGCGCCGGUUAGGAAGAAGAAGAGGAAAGAACCCGAAGAAAACAAAGAUAGCGUCACUGAGUCCUUGAAGAAGUACAUCGAUGAAAUCGACGCCCAGCUCUUCGAAGAAACGGGCAUAAGGGUGCAGCACGAGGAGAAGAAGGCUGAACCCGAGAUCGUGAUCAUCGAUGUUGACGAAGCUGAACAAAUAUCGAGGCAGAAAAACUCCAAGACGACAGCUCUUGGUAAGAAGCUCAAAUCUUUGACCACUAGAAAAGCUCCUAAGGAUCCACAGAAAACGAACAUUAAUGAGAAACUCAAACUCGAGGCAGUACCGUCCAAUUCCUCGAAUACAAAGAUAAAUAAAACUAUCAAAAAGUUGGAGAAAUCCAAGGAGAGUCGGUCCAAAAUGAUACACAGCAGUCAGAAACCGGCAGAUAAACCGCCCUUAACCAAGGGACGGACGGUUGAUACCAUGGUGAAGAGGUUGAGUAGCGAUUCGUCGACUUCUCCACCGCCUAAGACCAACAUACUGGUCAUCCCUAAUGUUUCCGUGCAACACAACAACAACCAGCCCUUCUCUUACACCAGAGGGAUCAGUCCUGAUAAGCACAAUGGAAAGGAUCCUGGAAGUCCUGUAAUUUAUGCCCAGGUUGUGUGCGCAAACGGAGCCACAGGCCCAUCCAAGCAGACGGUCCACACCGUUUACAAUUCGAACGUCAAAAAACAUCCCCAACAUUCAGAUUCCGACGAAGGUCUCGGCUACGAGGAGAACUUCAACAGGAAAUACAGCCCUUUAGAAUCCCCGCUGUCUAAACCCUACGAUAACAGAUACGUUUCGGACGUUGAACGCGACGAUUAUUUCAUGGAAGCCGACGAGCCCCCAAUUAGCCCCAAAAUCAGGACGACGUACUUCAGCGGCUACCCUUACGAGAAAGGGUUCGUGAGUGUAGAAAGAGGUAGAGCUGACGGUAUGGAUUCUAAGCGUAGAGAGAGCAUAACGGAGUCCAUGGAGAACGUUACGCCCAAACUGAACGGGACGACCAAAAGCGACUGGAGCGCUAGGCGCGACCUGUUGGAAUCCAGGAUAAACAGAAGGAUGAACGACAGGAUCACCAGAGUAUCGCCCCCUAAGAACUCCAACGUCUACAUCGCGGAAUCUACCUCUAAAUACUACAGAAAAGGCUCGGAGAGCCCUGUGGGCUUCACCGAGAAAUACGUCUCCGAAUCCCGAAUCGACGGGUUCGGGGAAAGGUUAAACACGGAGAGUCACACGAAGAGAUUCUUCGGGGAUAGGAAGGACGACGUGGAGUAUAUCACGAACGAGAGGUACCCGUACGAUCCCAAGAGCUUGGAGUCCCAACUCAGCGAUUACAGGUCUUCGCCCGAAAGUAGAAGGUUCGAAACUAGUCAGCACAGGUCCAACGACAAAUACGCGAUGAAAAUGGAAAGACAACAUCGCCUGUCCAAAGAGAGGAGCAUCUACCAGUCUAAUCCUGAAAUCUACAAGCACAGGGAAGAACCCAGCUUGGAAAACUCCUACCAUGACUCUUUAAGAAGAGAAAGAAGGGGCUUCAAGUCGGAAAGGUACCUAGACCGAGGUGGCAGCGACCGCAAGGAUAAAUUCGGCGAUUCGGGCAUAGAGAACGACAUAAAACGGGAGGAAAACUACAGGCCGGAAAGAAGAAGGAUGUACGGAGUGAGGAAUACGGAGAGUGAAGACGAAGGCUUCGCCAGUUCGCUCUUGAUCGCCAGCGAAAGGCAGCACACUGAGGAAGCCACAGUCGGAAAGAAACUCAGGCCCGACUACGAUUACGAUGCACCUUACGAGAGGGAAGAAUACGAAUACAGGAGAAGGAAGACGGAAUACGCGCCGAGAGAAAGAAGCAUAGACGACGGUUCGCACUACGAUCCGAGGAUAGAUAAGGACUUUGAGAAUGAGAGGGGGACUUUGGUGAGGAAGAUAGAGAAGAAACCUCCGAAGCCCGAAAAGAAGAGUGGCUUGGAAAAGGUUAAACAGUUAUUCAUGGGAUCUAGUAAGAAGAAGAAGGACAAGCAGACGAUGGUUGCUGAGGAGGAUUUGAGGUCUAGAUAUAAGGAAUACAAAGGGAGUACGGAGCACUUGGAACCUCAGAUGAAGAAGAGGGAGAUCAGGGAUUAUAAUGCGAGCUACGACUACAGGAAUAGAAGUAGACUCCCCACGCCCAGUCCAGAGCCUCCGAAAAAUGGAUAUGCCGUUGGUCACACCAAUGGACAUAUGUCAGAUUCAAAUACUUCCCACAAUGGCUGGUUCAAAUCUUUGGACAGACUCUCGAAGAAGAAGAAUAAAAAGGAUGAGGUAGAUGGGAUAUUAACUAGUGCAGAAGAAGAAUCAACACCCAAGUCGCCACCGACCAAAAGUCUAAGGUUUUUCGGAGACAGUUUAAGGCAAAGAACUACCAACCGUUCGCGAACCGAGAUAUCUGGAAAAGACAGGAUAAAAAGCCAGUCUACUAGAGAUCUACACAACAUUUCAGAAGAAACCCGGCCUUCCCGACAGGAAAACGGAAUACGAAAAAACAAUCACAAAUCUAUGCUGAACAUAUCGGAAUCUGACAGGGAAACGAACAGGUCCUCGAAAUCAACCUUAAAACCUCCAGCAUCCCCUAGUCACAGGUCGAGAGAACCCCAAAGGAGGGAUGACAGACUUAGGAGGAGCAAGAAUGAAGUUAGUUCUUUGGAAAGUUCCACUGAGGGAGACAGUAGCCAGCAGUCACAGCAGUCUCAAAGGAGUAUCGUAUACCUUCAUGCAGCAACAGUGGGAGAUAUACCAGGACCAGGCUACCUCAGAAAUAGCUCAAGAGCUGCAUCAAGAGAAGAACUGACUUCGAACGGAAGUAACAAAAUGCAACCACGCGUGAAGACCUUGAGUAGGUCUUUCUCCAUGUUGGCCCCGUGGAAACCUCGUCACUUCAAGGAAUCCAUGGAUAUAGACUACAGCCAAUAUCCCAAACCAGUACCUGCCACCAAGAAUGGAAAAUACGAGCAAAGGGUAUCGAAGAACGGAACCAGCAGAAACUCCAGCUCCUCCACCCUAAAGAAGAAAGCCCACGAGACUAGGAGAUCGAAUCAGAACGUUUCUACACUGGGCAACCACCGGACUAGGAGCAAGGAAAACAUUUCUUCUUCCCAGACCUUGAAGAGGAGCAAAGAAGAGUCAACAAGGAAUUCAACGUCUACGCUGUACAAGAAAAAGGACAGGAUGCCCAGAGAAAACUCCAGGUAUAGCAAAGAGAAGGAUGAUAGGAAGAUAUCAUCCAAGAGCGCUUCUGUGGAGUCUCUAGGCAGAAUCAGCAGAGGUCGUGAAGAUUCACGGGAAGUCUCCAGGUCUAUUUCAAUGCCUAGGGACCCGGAUAAAUCGGCGGGUUGGUUCAAAAUGGGCAGGAAAAGUAGCAAAAACGUGACGUCACAACGACUCUAACCCUCUCUCAACAGUCUUAUCAAGCGAAGAUAGCUAACAUCGUUGUCAUCGGAGACAUUCACCUAAUUUUUAAACUCAUUAAAGAUGCGCAAAUAGUCUCAUCUUCUGAAAUAGAUAAUAACUGUGCCAUCAGCUUCUCUAGCACAUUUAAUAACUUGUUAAAUUGCACCAGAGAAAAUCAUUCUAAUGUUUUGUUUUUGUUCUUUAAAUUGUUGAGUUAAUAUUUUGUUUUGCAGAGUUUUUGGGAAUUGAUUUCUAGUUACCUUCAACGUUCUACUGAGUUUUUCCUCCUAAAGACUUUGGUUUCGUUUUUUCAAAUAUUCAUAUAAUCAGAUUAAUACUGAACCCUCUUCUCUUCAAGUUUUUUUCAAUUCGUUUUUCAGUAGAGUAAUACCAGACAAAUUUCCAAAAUACCCUGUUUUCAUGUGCCUUACACUAGAUAUAAGUUUUUAAAUGAAUUCGCUUUCUUUUUCAUCAUGUUAGAGGGCCUAGUGAAAAGGAAUUCGAAUUUUGUUGUGGUAUCCACUAAUAUUGUUUUAUAAGUUAUAAAUCUAACAUUUCAAAGUUUUAUUGGGGUAAUUAAAGGUUGAUGAAUUUCGAAAUGUCAAAUAAAACAGAUCACAUUCAAACCCCACUCAGCAUAUGUACCUACAGUUAUUACCACUUCACAAAUCAUUAUUUUUGGGCUGAAUUAACUGGAGUAUUCAUUAUUACCUCAUGUUCACACAUUUCGAAUGGUGCUAUAUUAGUAUUUAGUCUUGAUUUUUGUAAAAGAUGUAAAUAACCUCGGUUUUGACUGUAAAUUUUGGUUAGGAUUAUUUUGAUGCAAGUUAUGCAAUGAUUUUUAACUUUGUUACCAAAUGUUACACUCAAAAUUUGGACAUUGUAUUAUAUAGAACAUCGAUUUUUUCAUUUGAGUUUAAAUUGUAGAUGUAUUUUUAAGUAACUAAACAAAUUAUUUGUAAUUAUUGUGCUAUACUGAAAUAAAAUAUUAAUAAAUA